UACAAUAAACCAGAAGUACGUUGUUAAAUCUUCUCUUUACUCACUUAAGGUUGAUCCACAUGAGUGAUGCUGUGUUUUUUUCUUCUAAAUAACCAUCCUACACAUUCGGGACACAUAUUUACAGAUCCUUGAUCUGAGCGAAUCAGCAGUUGAUUCCCUGUCCUGUUUGUUUGUUUUUCAGAUAACAGUGACCUCAUAGCCUGCAUGGUGGUGAGCAAAGAUGGCGGCCAGGCCCAGAGGUUCCUGGCAGUGGAUGUGUACCAGAUGAGUCUGGUCGAACCGGAAACCAAACGCCUCGGAUGGGGGGUCGUCAAGUUUGCUGGCCUUCUCCAAGACAUGCAGGUGUCGGGGGUUGAAGAUGACAGCAGAGCGUUGAACAUCGUCAUCCAUAAGCCCAGCUCCAACCCCCACGCCAAGCCCCUCCCCAUCCUGCAGGCCAACUUCAUCUUCGCUGACCACAUCCGUUGCAUCAUCGCCAAGCAGAGGCUGGCCAAAGGUCGCAUCCAGGCCCGUCGCAUGAAGAUGCAGAGGAUCGCAGCUCUGUUGGACCUGCCCGUGCAGCCCAGUGCGUCAGAGGUGUUGGGCUUCGGCCAGACGGCCAACGCAUCGCCCAGCGGCCUGCCAUUCCGCUUCUAUGAGCAGUCGAGGCGGGCGCCUAACGACCCCAUGGCGAAUAGAUCGGUCUUCGCCUCGGUGGAUAAAGUUCCAGGGUUUGCAGUGGCUCACUGCGUGUCGCAGCACAGUCCCUCACCCCUCUCCUCCCCCUCGCCUCCCUCCAGUGGGAGUGGGAGCACAGGAAGAUGUGACUCUGUAACCGCGAGCACGAUAUCAGCUCAGAGCCCCACAGAUGAUGGCACAUUUCUUGAGAACACCCCGCCCUCCUCCUCAGGCGGUGAAGGUGGAGAUUUAACGACAGUGUGUUCUACUCCCUCCGCUCCAGUCACAGCUCCCACCUUGGCCCCGAGCCUCACCCCGGCCUCCCAGCCCACCAUCUCCCUCCUGACCGACAGCACAGCAGACGCCCUCAGCGUGGAGUCGCUCACUCUCCUGCCCCCGACGGACACGCCGCACCUGCACCCCAUCGCCAGCCUCGUUUCAGCAACGAUCUCCUUCCAGAGACCAGGCGCCUCCAUCGCAGAAGAGGAGGAGGAGGAGGAGGACGACGGUGAUGGAGAGAAAAAAACAGAGGAAGAGGAGCUGCAAGAGGAAGAGGGGUCGCCACUGGAUGAGACGGAGACAGACGCAACAGUAAAGGAGGAGACUACCACAGAGUUGGCCACGCCCACUGAGGAGGCCUUGGAGGAGCCAGAGGGUGAAGAUAUCCCUCUUGAGGUAAAUACAGAGCAAGUCACAGAAGGGGACGAGUCGACAGCUGCAGAGACAGAAGAUGCAGAGAGACACACUGAAACACCAGACUCGCAGGAAUUGGAUUAAGCAACUCAUGUUCAUGCACUGAAACCACUCUCUCUCUCUCUCUCUCUCUCUGUCUCUCUCUCUCACACACACACACACAAACACACACACACAGAGGUAAACUAAGCUAUCCAGCUCAGCUGCAGUAUAUAAUUAUUCUGGGACCUGCAGGCAGUGUGACAUCUGAAAGUCUUUUGAAGGCGUCAUAUCGUUUGUGUUUGCUCAUGAAGAAGGAUGAAACACACACCUGAGGAACUAGAGGACGGCUUAAAGCACAUUUAUGUUUCUCUGCACUUCAGUUUUAGUGAGCGUGUGUGAGGACACGCAACCAGCAACGUUUUUUACUCAUUCUGAUCGAUUGUCAGCUCAGACACACACACACGCUGCUGCUGUUUCAACCACUUGUAAGAUUCUAAAAGACGGCUUCUCGUUCUGUGUCUUAUGUUCAAAGAGCAUUUCAGCACUCCUGUUGGUUCACACGCACUGCUCACAGACACACACUGAGACACCUGCACUCGCCUUUCAACACCUGUAUGUGAGACUUGUUAGCAGUCACUGCCAUCAAGGGUGUGUGUGUGUGUGUAAGGCUCAAAUGAUUCAGCUGCCUCAAGUGUGUGCUGUCAGCAUUAUGUUCAGUUUCUCUUGUUCCACAUCUCAAGAAAUGUUCCAUACUUUUCCCGCUUAUAGUUCUGUCAAUUAUUGAAAAUGCAUAAAUAAUCUGCAGCACCUUUAAUGCAGACGGAGCCGGUUUCACAAACAAUUAUUUUGAUGUUAAACAUAAGCAUGAGUUUAACACAGGUCGCUAACAAGUAUUUUUUUCCAAAUAUGCAAUAGUAAUCAACACAUUUUGACAUCAUUGGAUUGGCCUUCAUUUAGAGUAGGUGUUUAUCCACAAAAUCCACCAAUCGGCAACCUGAGCGAAUAAAUGAUGCAGAAGAUUUUAAAGGAGGAAAGACGGCUGAAUUGCAGGCACACUAGUUACACAUAACAGAUUGCUGCUCACUGAGAGUAGUAGUAAAUAAUUGACCGGGGAUCUCUCAGUCUGUGCAGGCAGUCAUUCAAUCUCUUCAUCUAGCAUUACAGAGCGUAACAACACAGGUAUGCUGCUGUUUCACUCAUAGGACAAGUGGAGUUCUGUUGAUAUAUUUUAUAACAUAUAUUCUAGCUUGAUGAAAAGAAUAGCUGAUGAUGAUCUGUGUUCAACACUAAAUGAACGGGGGGGGGUUAGUCAUUUAGACCUGCCUUUAUCUGUUUAAACAUGCAGUAACACCAGGCUCGUAAAAGGGACUGGGCCGUAAAGUGGGAGGGGCUUGUAUUUGAAUUUGACAGUUUUAAUUGGUGUCAACUGAAAUAACAUCUGUACCUUCAGGUCUGCACUCCCCCACAACACCUCUGGGUUGAAUGAAUGUAGCUGCUCGUUUCCCCUCACUCUCUUGAACAUCCUCUGCAGUAUGGAACAUUCAAAGUCUGAUAAUCCAUCUCCAGACGCACUCAUUAAAAUGUUCCUCUUCUUUGGAGGAAAUACAUUUGUAAGGAAAGUACUCAAGUUGUCCGGAAAAGUAGAACGAAGUGUUUGGAUGCAAGAAACGGAAAUUGAAAACAAUUACCCCAAGAAACGUCCGCUCUUGUGGGAGUUUAAACGUUUUUGAUUUUUCUUUCGAUACCGAUGAGGUCAGCGUCUCGAGACAAACCCCUCCUCACCCUCCUCCUUUUAAUCAUCCCAAUAAAGCUUUACUACUGCAAUACUCUAAGAGCUAACCAAUGACGGGGAGAGAGGAAUGUAACAGACAACUUAUCUCUCCAAACAGUGGUGAUCAAUUAGAAUGGCAUGCGUGUAUUUGAUUCAUGAUUGAUUUGUAACUCUUAGGAACGAAGCACAGGCAGAGAUUCUUUAGGAUAUACUGUACGUUCCCCCGUCAUGCCGUCUUCUUAAUCCUUUCAUUCAUCUUUGUCUCUCAGUCUUUUGCUUUUCUAGAUCUCGUUCUUUUUUUUUUUCUGUGCCAUUGAGCUUAAGUCUCACGCUUCAUCGUUCUUAUUUUUUUAACACUGUACAGUCAUCAACUCGUUUAUAAAGGAGACAUUCAGAGCAAUACUCUUUCUUUUGGAGUCUGUCUCUUUAGUAUUUCCAUCAUGCUGCUGUAAAUAGCAGAAGAAUGAUAGUGAUGAUCACUGAAGAAGCUCGGGAAAGUUUGGACAGCAGCUGUUGAUCGAUUGAGAGGGGGAGGGGGGUAAAAUGGCUUAGUUUGACGACAAGAUGGUGGCGUUUUCCCUGCAACGCUCAGCAGCUUCUCUCCAAACAUGCCAUGACAAGCUUCCAUUACCUAGUCUGCGAUUGUUGUGUGUGUGUGUGUGUGUGUGUGUGUGUGUGUGUGUGUGUGUGUGUGUGUAUAAAGUGCUACAUUUGUAUGCUUUGUAAAUGCUUUUGGCUUUUAAACCUGUAAUUAUUGUUAAUGAACUUAAACAGAGGAAUAAAUAAAGAUCUGCAAUAAAUUAUUCUACUAAACAAUGGUGA